CACAAAGGCGACAAGAAGCGCAAAACCCAAGUGAGCAGAACCCACCACCACUCCGACCCCGAGUCGGACACCGAAGAGGUGCUCCCCUCGUACAAGCACCAUGCCACAACCAGCCAAUCCAAGGACGGUUUCAUCCCAGUCAGGUCGAACACCCACCGAUCCAAGGACCCCAACGCCCAACCUGGCGACGUCAGCAUUGUGCGCAGGACCAGCUCGAGCGCUGAGCAAACACAAGCCUCACCCGCUCCGAUCAGCAGCACUGCUAACGGACGCACAAGCCCCGAUCACGACCCGAGGAACAAGCGCUUCUGUGGGGGCAAUGCGCCCCUCCCCUUCUUCUCCUCCUCCUCCGCCUCUCUCAUCCAUGCACUCUCCAAUCCGGCCACCACCUACAACGGCCGCCCAACUCCUCCAACCGUCAUCCUGCUUCAGGAAACCUGGCUCACGCCAGCGACCGAAGCAGCCGCCUCCAACCUCUUCCGCGACUACACUUGCUUCUGGAGCUCCGAGCCGGAACCCAAGCACGGGGUCGGCAUCCUCAUCAGGAAGCCGGCACCGGGCGACACCAACCCCGCACUCGCGAGCCCAACACUACUCAGCUCCAUCCCAGGGCGAGCCCUCAUCAUCACAGCAAACCUCAACAGCAAGCCAACCAUCAUCUCAUCAAUCUAUGCCCCGGCAUCUGGCUCACAAGCUGACAAAGUGGCGUUCCUGGACCAACUCAGCGACCUCAUCAAGUCAGCCACCCAGCCAAACGACGACGAGCCAAGGCUGCCCGCCAUCAUCGGCGGCGACUUCAACAACACACCCAACAUCAGCCCCCUGUACGUCCAGCCAGAGCCAAGCCAAGAGCCUAGGAGCGCCACACAGGCAAACCACGCUCUCAAGGACUUCAUCAACAAGCACGCACUCGAGGAUGCCUGGCUGCUCAACCACCGCGCCGAUGACCCUGUCGAAUACACACGAUGGCCGAGCAAGAACCAGACACACCGAGCCUCCCGCAUCGACCUCAUGCUCCUGUCAUCCAACCUCCCGCUCACAAUCAAGUCGACCGCGACCAGGAUUUACCAACACUCGGACCAUCGAGGCGUCUGUGUGAACCUGGUGGCGCCGUCCGCGGAAGACAGAUGCACUCCACCCUUCAAGCUGAACGACACCAUUCUCGAACACGCUGGCUUCUGCGGCAUGGUCCUCAACGAGAUAGCAGAGCUGGCGCGCCGCCCCGACCCCGAGAACCACUGGACUGCUUUCAAGGCCGACGUAGCAUGGCUAGCCCAGUGCCUGUGCGGCUCCAUUGCGAAAGACCGGGCGAAGGCUCUGGCCCAAGCGAGCCGCAAGCUCAAAAUCAUCGAAGGCAACCUCCUCGCAGCAACAUCCCCCGCAGAGGCAAAACUGCUUGCAGCCGAACGAGCGGAGCAGGAAGCCCGUGCCAAAGCUGAGCUCGAGCAUCGCGCGCAAGGAGCACGAGUCCGCUCGGCCAAAAAGUGGCGCACCGAGGGCGAACACCCCACCUCCUUCUACUUCUCGCUCGAAAAGCAGUCCCAAAAGGCGACGCACAUCCCAAUGCUCCUCGUCGACGGCAAAGAAGUCACCGAUGCGGCCGGCAUCACGGACGCCCAGCGAGAUUUCUACGCUAAGCUCUAUGCGCACGUACCCAUUAACCCAGCAGCUGCCCAGCACAUCCUCAGCCAUGCAAAGCCCAACGAGAUGCUCGACGACGAGGACCACGAGUUGAUGAGCAGACCGCUGGAGGCAUGGGAGAUCGUCCACGCCAUCAACAAAACUGCAUCUGGCAAGUCCCCAGGGCCCGACGGGCUGGGCACUGCGUUCUACAAAAAGUUCAAGCACGAGCUGGCCCCAAUCCUCGCCGCCAUCGCCAACCGCUCGCUCGAAAAUGGUCGCCUUCCGGAAUACAUGCAGGACGGCUUCGUCAAGCUGCUGUACAAGAAAGGCCCGCGCUCUGACCUUGGCAACUACCGACCAAUCUCGCUGCUGAACUGCGACUUCAAACUCCUGACCAAAGCAGUGAUCGCUCGGCUGCAGCUGGUGGUCAACGACAUCAUACCACUCAACCAAAACGGGUUUGUCACCUCUCGGACCAUCGAUGGCUGCGUCCAUCUCACCCGAGAUGUGAUUGAUCUGUGCAACACCAUCAAAACCCCUGGAGUGAUUGCCAUGACAGACGCGUCCAAGGCGUUCGACAAGGUCUCACACGACUUCCUGUAUGCUGCACUCAGAGCGUACGGAGUCGGGCCAGGCUACAUCAACAUGAUCAAACUCUACAACACCAAUGGCCGCUCCUCGAUGGUGUACCAAGGCCGAGUCUCGGAUCACUUUUCAAUCCAAAGGUCGGUGCGCCAGGGAGGCUGCGACUCGCCGACGCUCUUCGCGUUCUACGCCUGCGCCAUCGUAGACUACUAUCACCCAAAAAAGUUUUUUACAUCGCGUGUUUUUUCCACUCCUCACCCCGCCCUGCGACCGUUUUGA